GAUCCUCAACUCAACGCCGCCCGUUCGCCCGCCCGCGCCGCCGCCGCCGUGCGUCCGCCAGACGGGGCUCUGGCCGUACCCGAGAGAGACGAAUGCAAGAUUGCAACUGCAUUCGAAAUACAAAAACAUUACCAAUAUUUGCGAUUAAUUUCUGUGUAAGAAAACAAGUUAGUACGUUUGAACAGUUAUGUUCAUGGAUUUAAUACAAAGAGGAUGUUUAAAUAAGUUGUGUAAGAACAAAUGUGAAAUUGGUGAAAGUGCACUUUCUGUCGAAUAUUGAGAUGUGGUCCUUCGUGAACACAUAGAGACAGCAUACAUGAAGUUAAGCAUUAAGGUAAUGCUAGGAGAGGUCCCUGCAUUGUGUUUGGUGGUCGCGACGCUGGCACUGGGGUCCGCGGCGGGCGACGGCCCGUGCGAGCGCCGGCGCACGUGGUGGGACCGCGAGCGAGGCGCCUGCGCACCCUGCACGCGCUGCGAACCGCAGCUCGCCGUGAAACUACCCUGCGAGCUCCAUCGUGACACUAUCUGCCAACCUUUACAUGAAAUACACAUCUGGCCCUUCGACACGCAAAGAAAUGACAGUGAACUUAGUGAUUACGAACCGGAAUACUAUGAUUACUCGGACUACGGUGAAGUGAGUGAGGAUGAGGUGCGGUGGGACGUACAGACGACCACGCUGACGCUGGCGGCUAGUGGCUGUGUACUGUUUUUUGUGCUCGUGCUGUAUUUGUCGUUUUAUCAUUCGAAGCAGUGGAAGGUGCUGAAGAAAGCGCUGCGAUCAGAUGUACAAGAUUUGUCAGCGAAGCUGAAAUUGAUGGAGGCGGGCGAAACGCCGGCUGAGCCGGUCGUGCCUUCCGACCACCACAUCUAUUGCAACAUUCAUGUCGCCAAAGACCCUUUAUUAGGGCCAGCUGCUAAAAAAGGACUGGGGAACGUGUACACACAAGAAAAACAUCCGUCUUAAUUACCACCGAUGUAUUAUGGACAGUACAAAAUAAAUUGAGAUGUAUAAACCUCGCACACGAAAAAUAAGAUAUUUUCGAAAAUAAAUACGAAACUGAAACAAAAGUUGUUUUAUAGUAAUUAA